GAAAGCAGGUAUUUGUAAUGUGUGACAGCAUCCUGUAUCAUUACUACAUCUCUGCUGUUUGUAACAAAACGUGAAAAUCAGGUAAAAACUGGAAGAGUUAUGAUUAAUUAUAGUUACAUUAAACACCUUCCUCAGUACUGAUUAAUGCACUGGGGGCGCGUGGGAGACCCAUCCAAUAUGGCGGCUGGUGCAGUGUGUUAUCUGGGUGUAUUCAGGAUAAAGUCCAGAAGGUGGCAGAAACGCAUCUCGUGAUUUUCCUGCUCACAGACUGAAGUACAGAGAAGAAUAACGGAGAGAGAAGAGCUGCAAUCAACAGAUUCACCAUUAUUAUCUAAACAGGAUCUGAUCUGCUGCAGAAAGAAAUGUCCUCCUGUUGCAAGUCCAAAAAUUCAGAUUUACUUCUAUGAUCUCAAAAACAAAUGGAAACAAGUGGAAAUAUGGAUAUGAAGAGUAUGGAGUCCAUCAGCCCCAGCGCUCGAACCGAUUCAUCUCACAGACAAACGCAAAACGAAUGCAAAAAAGAGAGAAUUCACAAAUGCUCAGACUGCGAAAAGAGCUUUACUGCACAGAGUCAUCUCCAAAGACACCAGAUCGUUCACACUGGACUGAAACCCUUUCAGUGUAUAGAAUGUGGAAAGAGUUUUACUGCACUCAGCAAUCUCCAACGACACCGGCGCAUUCACACCGGAGAGAAACCGUAUUAUUGCUCAGAGUGCGGGAUGACUUUUAGAGAGAAUAGCAUCCUCCAAACACACCAGCUCAUUCACACUGGAGAAAAACAGUUUCACUGCUCAGUGUGUGGAAACAGUUUUAGAGACAGGACUGCCCUCAAAGUUCAUCAGCGAAUUCACACUGGGGAGAAACCGCAUGAAUGCUCAGAGUGCGGACAGAGAUUUACCAGACAGAACGAUCUCCGAAAUCACCAGCGAAUUCACACCGGAGAGAAACCGUAUCACUGCUCCGCAUGUGAACAAAGUUUUAUCAGGUUAAACGAUCUAAGAGUGCACAUGAGCGUUCACACUGGAAUAAAACCGUAUCAUUGCUCAGAGUGUGGGAAAGGGUUUAAUCAACUGGGUCAUUUCCAAACACACCAGCGCGUUCACACCGGAGAGAAACCGCAUCAGUGCUCAUACUGCGGGAAGCUUUUUAGCCAACACAGUUAUCUCACAAUACACCAGCGCAUUCACACUGGAGAGAAACCGCAUCAGUGCUCAGAUUGUGGAAAGAGUUUUACCCAACAGAGAAAUCUAAAGGUACACCGGCUAAUUCACACUGGAGAGAAACCGUAUUAUUGCUCAGAGUGUGGACAGAGUUUUAAUAUACAGAGUAAUCUACAACGGCAUCAGCGCAUUCACACUGGAGAGAAACCGUAUCGGUGUUUAGAGUGUGGGAGGAGUUUUACGCAACAGAGUCAUCUUCAGAGACACCAGAUCGUUCACACUGGAGAGAAACCGAAUUCACAAUGACAUCAGUGCCUUUAUACAGGAGAGAAUGCAUGAUAUCACUAUUCAGAACUUUAACCCUUUCAGACCCUGCAUCCAUUACAAUAUGCAUCAUGUAUUUUAUUUAUUUUUAAGGGCCAUUUAUUUUUAAGUUACAUGUAUAAAUGUGUGCACAAAAUUAAUUAUAGUGUCUUGUACAUUGACCUAAUUGCAAAAGUAUGAUAUGUAAAUAAAAACGUCAAUAAAAACUACUUAGAACACUGGAAAAAUAGCAUUUGUUUCCUGUCCCCACUCUCCAUUUACCAUGAAAUAUAAUUAUUAAAAUCCUUUAGCGAUGUUUUUUGUUUUGC